AUGGCGGAAACGUUUAACAACGACGAAUGUUACCAGCGAAGUUUGCAGAAUGACAUAUAUGAAUGGGUGAGAGAUCACAGGGUACAUCAUAAAUUUUCAGAAACAGAUGCCGAUCCACACAAUGCUAAAAGAGGAUUCUUUUUCUCUCACAUCGGAUGGUUAUUAGUAAGAAAGCAUCCAGAUGUUAUAGAAAAAGGAAAAACUAUCGAUUUAAAUGAUGUAUGGGCAGAUCCUAUAGUACGAUUUCAAAGAAGGCAUUAUACCCGUCUAGUAGUUAUGUUGUGUUUCGUUAUACCAACAUUGUUACCCGUAUGGUGUUGGGGUGAAACUUAUUGGAAUUCAUAUUUUGUGGCUACUUUAUUAAGGUAUUGCGUCUCCCUGAAUGCUACAUGGUUGGUGAAUAGCGCAGCACACAUGUGGGGAAAUCGUCCUUACGAUAAAUCAAUUAAUCCUAGACAAAAUAAAAUAGUCACCUUAUGGGCAUUAGGUGAGGGUUUUCAUAAUUAUCAUCAUACUUUCCCAUGGGAUUAUUCUACAAGCGAAUUAGGAUCGAAAAUUAAUUUCACUACAGUGUUUAUUGACUGUAUGAACUGGUUAGGUUUGGCAUACGAUUUAAGAACUGUUUCACCCGAUAUUAUCAAACAGAGACGUUUAAGAACUGGUGAUGGAAGUGAAUAAUGAAAUUAUAUACAUUGUUUCUUUAUAUAUAUACAUAUAUAUAUAUAUAUAUAUUAUUUUUUCUUAUUUGUUACGGAAUAAUUAUUGUCAAAUUAUACAAAAUAUUUAAACUUGUGGGAACUGAUUUAUCUAUAUAACCUCCUGUUCUACAUUCUAAGAAUGUAAUGAUUAAAAAAAAAA